CAAGGGAUGAGUACACCACAGUGCGCUGCGACGCUCUCACUGCAGGAGCCAGGCCGAGCCUGACGUCUGUCCUCUCCGCGUGCGCGCCGGCCUCCGAGGGAGUGGUCGGCCAGUGGCUGCCGCAUGGAACGUCUGCAGAAGCAACCUCUUACCUCCCCGGGGAGCGUCAGCUCCUCCAGAGACUCCAGUGUGCCGGGCUCUCCCUCCAGCAUCGUGGCCAAGAUGGACAACCAGGUGUUGGGCUACAAAGACCUGGCUGCCAUCCCCAAGGACAAGGCCAUCCUGGACAUUGAGCGACCUGACCUCAUGAUCUACGAGCCCCACUUUACCUAUUCUCUCCUGGAGCACGUGGAGCUGCCCAGAAGCCGGGAGUGCUCACUGUCACCCAAAUCCACAUCCCCCCCACCAUCCCCAGAGGUGUGGGCGGACAGCCGGACACUUGGACUCAUCUCUCAGGCUUCAACACCAAGGACCACAGGGACCCCUAGGACCAGCCUGCCCCAUUUCCACCACCCUGAGACCACCCGCCCGGAUUCCAACAUCUACAAGAAGCCACCUAUUUACAAGCAGAGAGAAUCCACAGGAGGCAGCCCUCAGAGCAAGCAUCUCAUCGAGGACCUCAUCAUUGAGUCAUCCAAGUUCCCUGCAGCACAGCCCCCUGACCCCAACCAACCAGCCAAGAUAGAGACUGACUAUUGGCCAUGUCCCCCGUCGCUGGCCGUUGUGGAGACAGAAUGGAGGAAACGGAAGGCGUCUCGAAAGGGGGCAGAGGAAGAGGAGGAGGAAGAUGAUGACUCUGAAGAGGAGCUCAGGGCCAUCAGGGAGCGGCAGAAAGAGGAGCUCAGCAAGGUUACCUCCAACUUGGGGAAGAUGAUCUUGAAAGAAGAGAUGGAGAAAUCAUUGCCCAUUCGGAGGAAAACACGCUCUCUGCCAGACCGGACACCCUUCCAUACCUCCUUGCAUUCGGGAACAUCUAAGUCCUCCUCUCUUCCUUCCUAUGGCAGGACUGCCCUGAGCCGGCUACAAUCCACAGAAUUCAGCCCAUCGGGGAGUGAGGCUAGCAGCCCAGGCCUGCAGAACGGAGAGGGCCAGAGGGGGAGGAUGGAUCGGGGGAACUCCCUGCCCUGUGUGCUGGAGCAGAAGAUCUAUCCCUAUGAAAUGCUGAUAGUGACCAACAAGGGGCGAACUAAGCUGCCUCCCGGUGUGGAUCGCAUGAGGCUUGAGAGGCAUCUAUCAGCAGAGGACUUCUCUAGGGUAUUUGCCAUGUCUCCUGAGGAGUUUGGCAAGCUGGCCCUGUGGAAGAGGAAUGAACUCAAGAAGAAGGCUUCCCUCUUCUGACAUCCCCGCCAGCUCACCCUGUCCGUGACAGCACCUUCCCUCUGCUGCUUCAAGGCCCUGAAGCUGGGGCUGUGAGACCUCUUCCUCUGCAGGCUGGGAGCAGCAGGAGGCAAGGCAGAAGCGUUGGGCUCCAUUCCUCAGGGAGAGAGAGAGCCAAGAUGUGCACAGUCCCAGAGUCGUGAGGCAUGGACUUCCUUACCCACAUGGGCCAGGGGGCCUUAUCUUUUCCCUGGGCUCCACUGCCUAGCCAAACCCAGCCUGGACUCCAGUACACAGUCAAAUGUUUGCACCCUUUUCCUGUCUGUCUCCCCACACGAAGGUCCCCAGAAGACGGUGAGGAGAAAUGAAAGGGUACUUAGUGGUGAGGUCUGUCUGCUAUCCCAUACAGGGAGGUAGACCUGGCCAGGCAGUGGCAGCUUUGGGCUCCAGCCCACUGCACUCCUGACAGCUCCCUGCACCAGAUGCUUCUCUGAUUGGCAGAAGCGGGCUCUACCUGGGCCUCCAGCUGGGAAGUCAUCCUCCUGCCAGCUUGUCUGUCCUGUAUUCUGCAACCCCUAAGCUUCAAGCCUCUUGCUCAAGACCCAGGGUCUAUUCAAAGCUGUGGCUAAGAGCAGAGGCGCUGUUCACAGGACGCCUCACCACCAGCCUCCAGGCAAAAACAGCUAGGAUGCACCCUUCUAGCACCUGUCCAGGGAUCACGAAACCCAGGCCUCGGCCUCCCCUACAUGGGUUCGAGAGGCCUAGUUUGGGGCAUCUCUGAGAGUCCAGGCUCCCAGGUCCCCCCUCAUUGCCAUGCAUCCCCUAUUGUGCUCUCUACAGAAUGUAAUUUAUCGGGGCACCCUCUGCUGCUUUUCUCCCCAACUCCCUGCCCUACCUAAUUGCACUCCCCAGUUCCUGUCUCUCCACAUAUGUAUGUGUAUAUAAUUAUAUAUAUAUAUAUUUUGCCCAGGUCUGGGUUUUGUUUUUGCCCAGAUCCUGGCACUCCCUGUC